GUCAUCUAGAUUCUUAUUAUUUCUAUGACUAUAUUUUACGCGCGCGUCGUCUGUUUUGUCAAGUUUCAUUGAACGCAACUAUUUCAAUUGUUUCGAGUAUAGUCACAUUUUCCUCAUGUUUAUGCUUGAGAACGCGUGUCGUGUGAUUUGAAUUUGCUCAUUUCCGAAGGGGACAGUCGUCAGGUGUACAAUGAUUGUCCCGAGUUUUUUUCUCAACUAGUUAUUCCGUAUUUCGUAUUUUGUUUUUAAUUCAUUUUCGCAAUUGGCCAUAUCGAACCUGCAAGGGAUCGGGUGCCAUUAAAUACUACGAAGAAGAAUCUGAAUUUGCUGUACCUUUACAAGCAUUAUUUUACAUUUAUUCUUUACUAUUUUAAGAAAAAGAUUUCUCAUAAUUUUGAUGAUGGAUACAGUUACGGCUUGCUCGGUUACUGAUGUAACAGAGGUCGAUUCGCAGAACGAUCUUAGCGAAAAAGAGCAUUCUGUCAGUAACAAUGAUUCAGAUGUUUCGAAGGUACUUUUAAAAAGUAAUAACAAAGAAGAAGUGCAUAAGGAGAACGUUGAAGAAAACUUGAAAAAUGUUUGCAAUACUACAUUGUUCAAUGGUAAUGUGGAUAACAAUCGUGAAAAGUUACAAAUUAUUGAAAUCACAAAUCUGGCUGAUGAUAACUAUCAGGAUAAUGGACUUGAAGUCGAUAAAUAUGGAGAAAAUAAAUUAAGAGCUAAUGUUACAUUCAUCAGUGAGGAUGAUGUUAACAAUACUACUAAAAACAGAUUCUUGGCCUCUGUAGCUAGUGAUUCUGAAGAAGAAACUAAUAAUUACGAAAAGUUGGAUGAUAACAAUGCUGAAAAAUUACAAAUUAUUGAAACCUCAAAUUUGCCUGAUAAUUAUCAAGACAAUGGAAUGAAUCUUGAUAAACUUAAAGAAAAUAAAUUAAGAGCUAAUGUUACAUGCAUCAGUGAGGAUGAUGAUAAUACUACUAAAAACAGAUUCUUGGAUUUUGUAGAUAGUGAUUCUGAAGAAGAAACUAAUAAUUAUGAUAAAUCUGUCACUACUAAUGUGAAGCAUAUUCCUGAACCGUCUGAAUAUUUACAAAUUGCAAAAUAUAAAAAGAGGAAUAAAAGCUUGAGAAUAAUAGACAGCGAAUCUGAAGAUGAUAUAAAAACGAACAGUGCUGAUGACUCUCCUGAAACAAUUGAAGAAACUGAUACCAGUAUUCUAAUAGAUUCCAAGUCUAAAGGAAAACAAAAGGAAGCAGGUCACAAAUCUGUUGAUGGUGAUAUAUCUAAAAAGGAUGUUAAAGAAAAUUCUAUUAAAAAGCGAAAGGGAUCUAUAAGAGCUUCUAAGAAUGAGGCAAUGCGUCAGAUACACAGCGAGAGCCAACGUUUAUUACGAGAAACAAGAAUUUCUUUACCGUAUCAUAGACCGAGACAGCGGACAUUAGAAGAGUUUCUAAAUAGAAAAAGGUUGAUUCUUCCAAAGGGUGGGUCGAUGGCUAGAAAAAUGAAAACGUCAGCACUGUUAGUAAGUCAAGUGAUAGAAGAACGACAAAAAGAACAUUUUUUCUCAUCUUCGGAUUCGGAGGAUGAGAUGGAACACCUUAAUAGUAAAAGUACUACUAGCAAAGAAAAGAGCAGCAGCCGAGAUAAAUCUGAUGCACUACCUCAACCGACGUCAAUCGAACGCAAUCAAGAUCUUCAGAGAUCCUGUGUAUCAAGAAAAUUAUUUGAUCCGGAUUGCAAGAAUACAACGAGCGAGAUUUUCGACGACAGUCACGAUGAACAAGAAUCAACAGAGCAGAUAAUUGAAGCUAUUUUUACUGCUUUGGAUGCAGAAAAAUCUGUUACCGAUGAGAAGAAGCAAGAUGUUAAUGAGAUACGUGAUGAUGAGGAAGUGGGUGAAGAACUUCGAAGCAAGGAACGUGCGACGAGCGAUGCUACAUCUUCAACGUCUAACGAUUGCAUCGUACAAAAUAAUGAAAAUAAUGGAAGACAAACUGAUUGCGUUGAAGUAACCGACGUAUCACAAUCUGCGAUUUCAGUCGGUGACACUCCAUCGGAAAGUCGAAUUGAUGCUUCAGCAGAGGAAGAUGAAACGUCUGACGGUCAUGUACUUGGUUUGCCACUUCCAACGUUCGCAGAUGACAUUGUGACAGAUAGGGACAGACUACUACCAGAAUUUAUACCAGAUAAAGUUACGUUGAAAGGCUCGCCGGGUACGAUUAUAGACCUGACGCACGACGUGAAGCCGAACAAGAAGGGUGUGAACGCUUUGUUAGAUAGAUUUUUUAGCAAGCACUUUACGACGAAGAAGAAGGCUGAUGAUAAUGAGUCUGAAGUAACUGUGAUACGCUUGCAAGACACUGAAAACGGUCCCGUCCCAAUCAAGGAGGCACUGCCAUAUAAAUUAUCUCCUAUUGAUGAGCAUCCUGAGUUAAGUAAGCCGGGAGUCCAACGACGACGCUUACAAGAGGAUCUAAAACUGCAAAUGACCUUGAUAAGCAACGAACGGUGGAAACAGAAAAUGACGGAACAAGAAGUGGAAGAGAAGAAAACCUGGGACGAGGAGGAAGAGAGUGAUUAUGAUUUCGAUGAGCAAGAAAAAGCGAAGAAUCUUGAGUUGAGUGAGAGCGGAGAGAGUGAACCCGAAGAGGACGAUGUUUGUCUGGAGGAUAAAAAAAGGAGGAAAUGUCUAUUUGCAGAUGACGAGGCUGAGGUUACGGAUGACGAGGGUUCGAAUAUCGGUGCACAGGAAGCAGACAACGAAAGUGAUACGGAUCGAGAAAUAGAGACCGAUCAAGAAGAAGAAGAAGAAAGAGAACAUGAAGAUUUAGAUGCAGAUGUAGAGGAUAAAAGUGAACCUGAUUUUCAAGGCACUGAUAACACUCGUACAAAUAUUGUCAAAAAUAAAAGAGAUAAAGAAACGAAAGAAUUAAUGCAUGAAUUUCAAGAUCUAUCGGACAUGGAUGCGAAUGAUCUGGAAAACGAAAGUGAUCCAAUCAAGAAUAUUAUGACGAAUGUAGAUGCGUCUAAGAAACAUUCUGAAGGCAGUGACUCGAUGAGCGAGGAUGAGUGGAAUACACCCGUUCGUCAGCAGAACAUAGAAGUCUGUACAAAAAGCCAGACGUGUAAAACACCUUUGGUAAAGACGAGCAUGCUCGAUUUUGUUUCUCCUAUAACGCAGUUAAGUGUAUUGAAUACUACCUUGGAUUCUGUCAAGAAGGAUUCGCCAGAGAAGAACAAGUAUAUGGUUGAUAAACAUGAAUCUAUUUCUAUGGAAAGUACGCAGAAUGACGAGUCCUUCGAGCAUGCAAGCGGCAUUCGAAGCAAAACUAUUUCGAAGAAAAGACUGUUUGACGAUAUCGGGGAAGAAACUAUCGAUGACGAAUAUCUUAUGAAGUUGUGUUCGGGUAAAUUUGAGUCUAUGCCAAGCGCUGAUCUGAGUUUAAAAGAUCCUUCCUCGCAAUUUGAUGUCACUAGAUCAUCGCAGUUGUCCGAGCUGUUCUCAGGAAAUUUAAAUACAAAAUCAGCUGAUGUCAAACAAUCGAAAACAAUCGAAGAAACAGACAACGAAAUCUCUCGAAGUAUGAAAGUAAUGUUGGCUGAAGAUUCCAAUAAGUCUGUAAAUUGUGCGGAAGAAAAAGAAGUUAGUGCGACGGAUUCGAAGCUAAAAUUAACGAUUGCUUCUUCAGACGAUGACGAUCAAUUGGAUAAUGCUGAUACAUUAUUUAAACCCAAGAGACGUUCAAUGAAAAAAUUGAUUUUAUCUGAUUCAGAAGAAGAAGAAGAUGCACAGAAAUCCUACGAUGAAGAGAGCGAUAAUGCAGAUAACGAAAAUGCAGAACAAUAUGUAUAUUACGAUUCCGAAGAGAACGAAAUGAUAAUUGCACCAGAAAAAGACAUUAAAAAAGUCGCAGCUGAUUUUCUGGAGGAAGAAGCCGAAUUAAGUGGAAGUGAUUGGGAUUCUGUCGAUGAGGACGAAAAAGAUUUGGAUAAACUAGAAUUUGAAGACGGUGACGAUGAACAUAUAGACGAACAUAAAGUGAGAGACGAAUUGGGGAAGAUUCAUAUGAAACAGAUGUUGGACGAGGAUAAGAGAGAAGUUAGAUUGCUUAAAGAAUUAUUAUUCGAGGAUGGAGACUUGCACACGGAUGGAACAGGCCGCGAGCGCAAAUUUAAAUGGCGGAAUAUAGAUAAAAUAGAAGAUAACGAACAGUUUCGAGUACCUGAUGAAAACGAUGGCUGGGUGGACGAGCAAGAAGAUGAAGAAGAAGCAAAGUGGAGUAAAUUCAGACGCGAGAGGGACAAGUUUAUUGAAGAGAGAAAGCAAUGUUCAAGUACUGAUGUUGAAGACGAUUUACACGACAGUAAGAUGUUUAAACUCGGAGUGGAGGCACUUAAAAAAAUUGAAAACGAUAAGUUAAAAAAACAACAAGACGUUUCUUCUGAUAGAAUAGACGCCUCUGAAGAGAUGGAACCAAUUAUGCCACGGAGCAUGACGGAUCUCUUAGGUGGAUCAAUUAUGGGAAAGAAGUCUCAGAAGUUACACAAUAUUAUGAAGAAACGUUCCUACUUAGCGCGAGGAGAACAGUCACUGGCAAGACUAGCUUCGCUGGCAAAGCAAGGUGAUUCUAUUUCACACAUGGUAAACUCGCGAAAAUGUGUCUUCCAAUAUGUUGAGCCACGCACAAAUGAUAUGUCUAAUGCAGAGGUGAAAACUGGAGAAGAGGAUCAGGCAUCGCAAGAUAGGCCUCAAAAGAGAAAGAACACGUCAGAUUUUCCACUAGCAACAAAGAAAAGGCGAAAAUAGAAGUGUCCCUUGAAGAGCAAAAAUAAUUUAAUCUAACUCUUCCACGUUUUUAAACUCUCAUUGAGUUAUACAUGUACAAAUGAAUUAUUAUUUUUGGAAAUAUAUAAAAAUGUUACAUAUAAAAAA